AUGGCACGUCAACUUGUGGCCCUCGCCUUCAUCUUUCUGGCUGUUGCUGGCUUGGUAUCCGCCCAGUCACCCAAAGCCACCGCCCCCACCGCCUCUAAAAUUUCCCCUUCACCUUCACCGUCAUCCACCACCUCCGACACCCACCCACUUGCUCCAUCUCCUAGCUCACCCUCCCCUGCCACCGCCCCAGUUGCCUCAGCUCCAACUCCCUCCGCCACCACCCCCGCUGAGGUUCCAGUCUCUUCCGCCCCUACACCGUCGGCCACCUCCCCAGCGCCCUUCGCCCCUGAGCCAUCCGCCGUCUCUCCUGACACUUCCGACGCAAUAGCCGAUUCCCCGGAAGACUUCAUCUCCGCCGUUCCAGCUUCAGCUCCUGGCAAUGUCUUCUCACCACCUGCACCCGACGAGGAAUUCUAUUCCACAGAGGGACCCGCCGCAGGACCCAUGGCCUAUGGCGCAGGAGAUGCACCAGCUCAAUCUCCAGAACCCAGCCAUAAAGAUACCGCUACCGCCCUGGAGGUGUCUGCUACCUUGGGUGUUGCUGCCGUGGCCAGUUUAUUAUUGUUCUAA